GGGUAGUGAUGAAGGCCGAUGCCCAGGAGGAGGGGUCUCCAGCAGAGCCACACAGGGGAGGGCCCUGGGGCUGGCUUCAAGGAAGCAGAAAUCCGAGCAGUUGCACAAUCAUGAGGGACAGAUGGAAGGUCCAGUUUGGGCUUCAGGGAGGACUGCAGUGGGACACAGGGUCACAGAGCUGGCCGUCUUCACCCAGUUGAGGGGCUGACAUCUAUAGGAUAUGGCUGCUAAUGGUAGCAGAUAGUCCAUUACCACACAUAAGCCCUCACUGCUGUGAUUAGCUCAGGCAAGAGAACAUGGCUCAGAGAGGUUAAGUGACUUCUUCAAGAUCACGCAGCUAGUGAGUGGCAGAGUGGGACUUGAACACCCGUCUGUCUGAUUCAGAUCUGUGUGCUGGACACCAGACUGGCAUUUUCAGUGCACCUUGCUAGGCAGAGCCCCGGGGGCUGGGUUGUAGAAGGCUGGAAUGGCAGGCCCGCCCUUGGCUCCCCUGGUUCAGAAGUUGUCAGGGAAGUGAUGGAGGUGGAGGCCCUGGCGGAGCUGAGCCCGCUGGGCCGCGGCGGGGAGAGCUCUGUCAGAGGCGGAUUCUUAUUACUCUCAGCAGCCUGGCUCUUGGCUCUAAUCCAAAAUGACCGUGGGUAGCAGGGGCUCCUUUCUUACCUGGGGUGUUGUUCAAUGGUAGAACGGAGGGUGACAAGCCGCUGUCCUGGCUCCUGUCCCAGCCCUGUCCCUCUAGGGUGCUCAGCUAACCGCUGUCUCUUUCUCUGUGUCUGUCUGUGUCUGUCUGUCUGUACCUCUCUUUAUGGAGGGAGGUGUCCCCCUCUUCUUUUUCCUUCUUUGGAUGUGUCCUCUGACCCUCACGCCCUGUCUGUCUGUCCAUCUGCCUCUCUCUCUGCCUGUCCUGGUCUCUCCGCAGGACCCUCUGGUGGACAUGGGUGGGGCCCUGGGGCCAGCCCUGCUGCUCACCUCGCUCCUUGGUGCCUGGGCAGGGUCCAGCUGGGGGCAGAGCCAGCGGGCCAUGACAGUGGCCGUGGUGUUUGGCAGCUCAGAGCCGCCGCAGGCCCAGGCCCGUGCCCGCCUCACCCCCCAGAGCUUCUUGGACCUGCCUCUGGAGAUCCAGCCGCUCACCGUGGGGGUCAACAACACCAACCCCAGCAGCCUUCUCACCCAGAUCUGUGGGCUCCUGGGUGCCGCCCGUGUCCACGGCAUCGUCUUUGAGGACAAUGUGGGCACCGAGGCAGUGGCCCAGCUCCUGGACUUCGUCUCCUCCCAGACUCACGUGCCCAUCCUCAGCAUCAGCGGGGGCUCCACUGUGGUCCUCACCCCCAAGGAGCCGGGCUCCGCCUUCCUGCAGCUGGGUGUGUCUCUGGAGCAGCAGCUGCAGGUGCUGUUCAAGGUGCUGGAAGAGUACGACUGGAGCGCGUUCGCCGUCAUCACCAGCCUGCACCCGGGCCAUGCGCUCUUCCUCGAGGGCGUACGCGCCGUCGCCGACGCCAGCUACCUGAGCUGGCGCCUGCUGGAGGUGCUCACGCUGGAGCUGGGCCCGGGCGGGCCGCGCGCGCGCACCCAGCGCCUGCUGCGCCAGAUCGACGCGCCGGUGCUGGUGGCCUACUGUUCGCGCGAGGAGGCAGAGGUGCUCUUCGCCGAGGCGGCGCAGGCCGGCCUGGUGGGGCCCGGCCACGUGUGGCUGGUGCCCAACCUGGCACUGGGCAGCACCGACGCGCCCCCUGCCGCCUUCCCUGUGGGCCUCAUCAGCGUUGUCACCGAGAGCUGGCGCCUCAGCUUGCGCCAGAAGGUACGCGACGGUGUGGCCAUCCUGGCCCUGGGUGCCCACGGCUACUUGCGUCAGCACGGCUCCCUGCCCGCACCCGCUGGGGACUGCCGCAGCCACCCUGGACCUGUCAGCCCUGCCCGGGAAGCCUUCUACAGGCACUUACUGAAUGUCACCUGGGAGGGUCGAGACUUCUCCUUCAGCCCUGGUGGGUACCUGGUCCAGCCCACCAUGGUUGUGAUUGCCCUGAACCGGCACCGCCUCUGGGAGAUGGUGGGGCGUUGGGAUCAUGGCGUCCUCUACAUGAAGUACCCAGUAUGGCCUCGCUAUAGCACCUCCCUGCAGCCUGUGGUGGACAGCCGGCACCUGACGGUGGCCACGCUGGAAGAGCGGCCCUUCGUCAUCGUGGAGAGCCCUGACCCUGGCACGGGAGGCUGUGUACCCAACACUGUCCCCUGCCGCAGGCAAAGCAACCACACCUUCAGUAGCGGCGAUGCAGCUCCCUACACCAAGCUCUGCUGCAAGGGCUUCUGCAUCGACAUCCUCAAGAAGCUGGCCAAGGUGGUCAAGUUCUCCUACGACCUGUACCUGGUGACCAAUGGCAAGCAUGGCAAGAGGGUGCGCGGCGUGUGGAACGGCAUGAUCGGGGAGGUGUACUACAAGCGAGCAGACAUGGCGAUCGGCUCCCUCACCAUCAACGAGGAGCGCUCGGAGAUCGUGGACUUCUCCGUGCCCUUCGUGGAGACGGGCAUCAGCGUGAUGGUGGCUCGCAGCAACGGCACCGUCUCCCCCUCGGCCUUCCUGGAGCCCUACAGCCCCGCAGUGUGGGUGAUGAUGUUUGUCAUGUGUCUCACCGUGGUGGCCAUAACUGUCUUCAUGUUCGAGUACUUCAGCCCUGUCAGCUACAACCAGAACCUCACCAAGGGCAAGAAGCCCGGGGGCCCGUCCUUCACCAUUGGCAAGUCCGUGUGGCUGCUGUGGGCACUGGUCUUCAACAACUCGGUGCCCAUCGAGAACCCACGGGGCACCACCAGCAAGAUCAUGGUCCUGGUGUGGGCCUUCUUUGCCGUCAUCUUCCUUGCCAGCUACACGGCAAACCUGGCUGCCUUCAUGAUCCAGGAGCAGUACAUCGAUACUGUGUCAGGCCUCAGUGACAAGAAGUUUCAGCGGCCUCAGGAUCAGUACCCACCCUUCCGCUUUGGCACAGUGCCCAACGGCAGCACAGAGCGGAACAUCCGCAGCAACUACCGGGACAUGCACACCCACAUGGUCAAGUUCAACCAGCGCUCAGUGGAGGAUGCGCUCACCAGCCUCAAGAUGGGGAAGCUGGAUGCCUUCAUCUAUGAUGCUGCUGUCCUCAACUACAUGGCGGGCAAGGACGAAGGCUGCAAGCUGGUCACCAUUGGAUCUGGCAAAGUCUUUGCCACCACUGGCUAUGGUAUCGCCAUGCAGAAGGACUCCCACUGGAAGCGGGCCAUAGACCUGGCACUCCUACAGUUCCUGGGGGAUGGAGAGACACAGAAACUGGAGACGGUAUGGCUCUCGGGGAUCUGCCAUAAUGAGAAGAAUGAGGUGAUGAGCAGCAAGCUGGACAUUGACAAUAUGGCUGGGGUCUUCUACAUGCUGCUGGUGGCCAUGGGGCUGGCCCUACUGGUCUUCGCCUGGGAGCACCUGGUCUACUGGAAGUUGCGUCACUCAGUGCCCAACACAUCCCAACUGGACUUCCUGCUGGCUUUCAGCAGGGGCAUCUACAGCUGCUUCAGCGGGGUGCAGAGCCUGGCCAGCCCCGCGCGGCCGCCCAGCCCAGACCUCACCGCCGACUCGGCCCAGGCCAGCGUGCUCAAGAUGCUGCAGGCGGCGCGCGACAUGGUGACCACGGCGGGCGUGAGCAGCUCCCUGGACCGCGCCACGCGCACCAUCGAGAGCUGGGGCAGCAGCCGCCGCGCGGCCCCGCCCGCCUGCCCCGGUCCCGGCCCGCGACCGCAGGCCCCCUGCCCAGCCCCGGAGCAGAACCCCAGGGGCUGGGGGCCGCCGGGCGGGGGCCGCGCCGCGCUGGUCCGCAGGGCCCCGCAACCCUCCGGCCGCCCGCCGACGCCCCGGCCGCCCCUGCCCGACAUCUCCCGGGCGUCUGCCUGGGAGGCGAGGUGGCGGGUCUCCGCCGGGAACCGCGGGCGGCACCUCUCGGCCUCCGAGAGGCGCGCACUCCCAGAGCGCCCCCUGUCCCCUGCGCACUGCCACUACAGCUCCUUCCCUCGAGGCGACCGGUCGGGACGCCCCUUCCUCCCUCUCUUCCCAGAGCCCCCGGAGCCCGACGACCUGCCGCUGCUGGGGCCAGAGCAGCUGGCCCAGCGGGAAGCCCUGCUGCGCGCCGCCUGGGCCCGGAGCCCGCGCCCGCGCCACGCUUCUCUGCCCAGCUCGGUGGCCGAGGCCUUCACUCGGCCCGGCUUGCUGCCUGCCAGGUACACUGGCCAUGCUUGCUCCUGUCCCAACAGCCGGCCGGCCUGCAGGCGCUUGGCGCUGGCGCAGUCGAUGCGGCUGCCCUUCUACCCAGAGGCCUGCAGGGAGGGCGUGCCAGCAGGGGUCCUCGCCUGGCAGCCCAGACAGCACGUCUGCCUGCACGCCCAUGCCCACCUGCCGUUUUGCUGGGGGGCUGUCUGCCCUCACCUUCCACCCUGUGCCAGUCAUGGCCCAUGGCUCCCUGGGACCUGGGGGCCUCCAGUGCAUAGGGACAGGACCCUGGGACUGAGUACAGGCUACAGAGACUGUGGGGUGCUGGAAGAGGUCAGCAGCGGAGCCUGUGGGACCAAAGGUUUGCGGGGACCCUGCACCUGGAGGCGGGUCUCCAGCCUGGAGUCGGAAGUGUGAGGUGUGGGCAGUUUUGGCUCCUGUUGGGCUGGAUUCUCUGCAUGGCACUGCCAGGGAUAGGGGACAGGCAACCUUGGGCUUUCCUGGCUUCUGCAACGAUAUUCUGGUCAUAGGACCCCAGUGGCAGACGAUUCUUCCAUGGCCAGUUCAGUGACCUCGGCAGGCUUUGGCUGUGCCCUCAUCAUGCGAAACCCUGUCCAUCCAGCAUGAGUCACAGGGAACAGAGGGGUAGGACCCCUGAGGAUGUCUCUGCCCUGGUGUUAGUCGGCCCUGGUCAUGGCUGCUGUGGACUUGGUGUGAGGGCACGGAGGCUGGACCUAGUGGGUGGGGCAGGGUUAUCCUGCCCCGUGCUCCACCUGACUGGAGUCUCUGAGCACGGGGACAUUAAACCAACCUUUUACAACUCGCUGCGCCUGGCUGCUCAAUCUGCAA